AACAAAGGAGAAAAGUGAGACUUUCAUAUUAUAUUUAAAAGAAGAAAGAAGCCAAAAACAAAACAUAGAAAGACAAAUCUUCCCUUUUAACCUCUCUGCCUUGGCUUUCUUCUAAGGCGGAGAGGGAGAGAGAUUCAUUCUUUCUCUCCAAAAUAAACAAAAAACUCCAACCCAAAAAAAAAGGACAAAAACAUCGAAAAUGGCGUUUCAGGAUUUUGAUAAGAUCCAAGAACGCGUAAACGCAGAGCGAAAACGCAAAUUCAGGAAGAAGAUAAUCAUCGGAUCAGUAUCAUUACUUGUUGUUGUUGCAGCCGUCAUUGGAGGAGCUUUUGCUUAUGUAUCGUAUGAGAAGGGGAAGAACAACAACAAUGGCCACAGUCAGACAGCAAAUGCUAGCCAGAAGCCUCCUGUCUCCGCGGCUCAAUCCGUGAAACACGCCAGUUUGGAUCAAAUCGUCGAGACCCUCUGCAAUGCCACGCUCUACAGGCAAAACUGUGAGCAAACGCUCCACGAAAAUGCAAAGAAUGACACCACUUUAUCUAACCCUAGGGCUCUUGUCAGAUCGACAAUCGAAGAAGUGAAGGUGGAUCUCGAUAAGGUCAUUGAGAAGGUUUUGGGUUUCGAAACCAAGAGCCAGGAAGAUAAAGACGCAAUAGCGCAGUGUCAAUUGCUUGUGGAUGAAGCAAAGGAGGAAUUGGCCGAAUCCGUAAGCAAAGUGAACGAGACAGACGUCAAGAACUUCGCCAAGAUUGUCCCGGAUUUGAACAACUGGCUAAGCGCUGUUAUGUCGUACCAGGAGACGUGUCUUGACGGGUUCGAAGAUGGAAAACUGAAAUCCAAUAUCCAGAAGAGCUUCAAUUCUUCUCAGAUUCUGACGAGCAAUUCCCUCGCGAUGAUUAAAUCGCUCGAUUCAUAUCUUUCCUCGAUUUCUAACGCUCCAACAACGCGACAUCUUCUUGAAUCGAAGCCUUCCGAUCAGAUUCCGUCUUGGGUAAGCAAAGAGGAUCGACGAAUGUUAAGAGCUGUGGACGUUAAUGUUCUGAAACCUAACGCUAUUGUGGCUAAAGAUGGAAGCGGAAACUUCACAACCAUUAACGCAGCUCUCAUCGCAAUGCCUGAAAAAUAUGAAGGAAGAUACAUUAUCUACAUCAAACAAGGAAUUUACGACGAAACUGUGAUAGUUGACAAGAAGAAGGUAAAUCUUACAAUGGUUGGUGAUGGAUCGCAGAAGACAAUCGUCACCGGAAACAAAAGCGUCGCAAAGAAAAUCCGCACUUUCCUCACUGCAACAUUCGUGGCACAAGGAGAAGGAUUCAUGGCUCAGUCCAUGGGGUUCAAGAACACUGCAGGACCCGAGGGACACCAAGCGGUAGCGAUACGCGUCCAAUCCGACCGUUCAAUCUUCCUAAACUGUCGUUUCGAAAGUUAUCAAGACACCUUAUACGCUUACACACAUCGUCAAUAUUACAGAAGUUGUGUAAUUAUCGGAACGAUUGAUUUUAUAUUCGGAGAUGCAGCCGCCGUCUUUCAGAAUUGCAACAUUUUCAUCAGGAAGGGUUUGCCGGGUCAGAAAAACACCGUAACGGCUCAAGGGCGAGUGGAUAAGUUCCAAACGACGGGUUUUGUGAUCCAUAACUGUAAAAUCGCAUCACAUGAAGAUCUGCAACCUUUGAAAUCCGAAUUCCGAAGCUAUUUAGGAAGGCCAUGGAAGAAAUACUCGCGAACUGUGGUGAUGGAAUCGACAAUAGGAGAUGUUAUCGAUCCUUCUGGAUGGCUAAGAUGGGAAGAAACGGAUUUCGCCAUCGAUACUUUGUUUUACGGCGAAUUCAAGAACAAUGGACCGAGCGGAGAAGUUUCUUCUAGGAUUAAAUGGCCUGGAUUCAAGGUUAUGAACAAGGAAGAGGCCCUGAAGUUUACUGUCAGACCCUUCUUACAAGGAGAUUGGAUUAACUCGACGAGUUCUCCGGUUAAAUUCGGUCUUUAUGAGCCUUGAUUGAAGAAGAAACGAAACCUAACUCACCGAACUCAUUGCUUGGGGAACAAGUAACGGUUAAAACAAUGGUUACGAGGACAUGACAAGUGAAAUAACCGAAUCCACUUGGUUUACUUGUGUUGCAAGAAAUAUUAGUAGAGCAUAUUGACGAACUGAUUAAAAAAGAAUGUAUUUGAUUGAAGAGAGCGUUUUUACUCGACUUUUUUUUUUUCAAGAAACACAUUUGAAGUGGUUUUAUUUUAUUUAUUUUUACCGAGAAUGAAGUACAAUGUUUUAAUUUA